AAUGUCGUACGACUAACGUUUGGUCUAUUAAACGUUGCUGUGGCGUUACAGAAUAUGUUUCUGGGAAAAUAACCCGUCUGCUGGCGUGUCAUUAAGCAGCUGUAGUGUGUGUAAAAGCUAGGAAGCUAACUAGCAUCUGAACCUGGUUUGUCAGUCAGGUUAGCGUUAGCUGCCUAGCUGUUAUUAGUCAGGUUUGACAUUCACACCGCAUCUCUGCACUGGCGGUUUUAGUAUUCUGUCUGAAAUUGCCUGUUUUAGUGCCGUGUCGAUAAUAUUUUCUUGCAUUAAACAACUAUGUUCUUGUUAUAGCUAGUUGGCUACCUAGCUCCCCAGUUGUUAGCUAUUUUAAAUCAUUUUUAGCCGCACGGCUAACGUGAUUUCUGUGUUAUUGUUUGUCACCAUUACCGCGUUAACAGCGUAUCGCUAACUCUGAGCUAAGCCGCUAGAUGAAGUGUACCUGAAAACACCAGCUAGCAUUUAAUUUCGCUAGGGUUAGGGUUAGCGAGUUGUCUGCAGACUGCUGGGGUGCAGAGCCAGGCUGGCUUUGUCAGGCGUUUAUUUGCAUUAAACUGGUUUGUUAUGGAAAGUGCAUUAAGAGCAUUAGCGAGGCUUCUGUUUUGUCACCGAAGGCUAUUAAUAUCAAUAGGUUUCUCUCACCUAGUUAACGAGGCGACCCUGAGAGUGACCGUUUUCAAUGACAAUAGUUUACUAACGGUAUCUCACUUAAAGAUAAGGACAUGAUUUCCCACGUUUAUUUUAUUUUUCGUUAUUUCUUAGGCAAAAUUAAGGUGUAAAAGCAGCUGCUUGGAGAUGUGCACUCAAAGCACAUCCACAGUCUGAUCCAGCGUUUGAGCGACGCUGAAAGUCCUCCCAUCGCGACUCUUUUCAGUUGAAUCAGAUUUAAUGCUGCAUUUUACAUGCUCUUUGGUUCGUUCUUUGGGUCCCCAUGAUCUAACACCGAUAUUCUUCCCGACUAAGUAAACGAAAUCACACAUGGUCCGUCAUUUAAUUCAGCAUUAAACUACCCCGGGCCCCCACUCACUGCAGACUGAAGAGGGAAGCCAUCUUUACUGACCAAAUCCCCAUUUCAUUUAACAUGGACACUCGGAAUCAGUGGUGCCAGUGAUCGUACAUGUUAGGAAGUACACUCGGUCCAGUCGUAUCUCAGUAUAAUGCAGUUUUUUUCUUCAUCCUGAGGGGCUCUGGCAGUUUAGCUAACAUGCUGCAGCGGCUACAGGUGCAGCUGUGUGGAGCUUUUCUCCUCCCCGCCUCUGUAUGCAGCGCAGGCAGCAGCCCAGAGCGUUUCAUCAGCUGUUGAGUAGAUUUACAAUCCCUUAGUGGCACCAAUGGACAGCAAGGGAGGAUCUCUGCCUGCAAUGCCUGAGCCAAAGAACCCCACCAGUAUGAAACAGUUAUCUGAUUCACCAUGUGGAUGUAAGGGACGGGGUGAUGGAAGCACAGAUCCUGCUCUUCUAAUGGAUAAAGCUGCUACUCAGCUAGCAGCCACACCCCAUGAUGGAGUUUUGCAGAAGAUGGGCAACCAUAACCACACUCAUGAACAUCUGAAGGAUCUGACAUCUCGUUUCUUCAAUGGUGAUCAGGAGACAAUGUCAAAGUUCUGCAGUUCACCCCCAGGAUCACCCCUCCUUAAAGCGGUAGAAUCUGGACCUCAACAUGGCAGCCCACAAAGGAAGCCUGACUCCUCCCCUGAGCUCACACUCAAAAUAACCAAACAUUUACCCAAUGGAAAAUCACCACCAUCAAGCAGGUAUGAAGCUAGCUAUGGAGAAGAUGGCACAGAGGAAACAAAUGCCGCUUUAAGUUUAUCAGAAGGCAUGCUGGCUCCUGCAAAUGCUACAAACGAAGGAAGCAAGUUGAGGGGACCAGUGAAAAAAGUGCCACCAAGCAGACGGCACCCCAUCGACCCUGCUGUUAAUGGCCCUGAGAGAUCAACUUUCGCACACAUUAUCGUAGAACCAUGUGACAAACCCAGAGAGUCUUAUGACCUUGCCCUUGACUCAGAUGUCCUGACUUCUGAAUCCAAAGAUGCUACUGUCAUUGAUGUACCUACCUGUGUAGCUUCAAAUGGCAUGCCUAUGUUGGAUGCUGAGGAGGAUACUGGUGUUCAUGGUGUGGGUGAUGUUGAGACAUUACUAACAGAGGAGCAACCUCAUGUGCAGUUUUCCGUGGGAGAUAUUGUCUGGGCUAAAGUGUUUGGAUACCCAUGGUGGCCAUGCAUGAUCACUACAGACCCAGAGUUCAACCUUCACUUCAGGCAGAAAACAAACAACUGCAGAGGAUUAUUGUACCAUAUACAGUAUUUUAGUGACACACCAGAGAGAGGAUAUAUUGCUGGGAAGAACUUGGUCAUAUUCUCUAAGAAAGAGCAAUACCAGGCACUGUGCUGUGGAAAUAAACAACCUACUGUUCACUCUGAUAGAAAGAAGCUGUCGAUUCCACGUAAGUUGCGGAUACCAUGGGAUACAGGCGUCUCCCAGGCAACAGAGGCAGUAGCUUUACCUGUAGAGGAGCGCCUGGCCAAGUUCAGCUUCACGUAUGAGGGCAACCAGCCGCGGUUCAACUCUCGUAUGCUGCAGGAGCUUCAGUGCAAACAGGAACAGCAGCAGCAGAGUUAUAAAGAAUUUCCAGAUACAACUAGCCUCACUCCACCAGACUCCACUCAGUCCAGCCCCAUCACUGUACAGACACUGAGCAACCAUCUUACUCCCCACCUUCCCACCAACAGCAGCACUUCAGCAAGGAAAAUGCCCCUUGCUACUAAAGCACCUAAAGCCCCAGCCAGCAGGGGGCAAUGCAGCCACAAGGAGCAGUAUGCUCUUUUCAAAAGGAGAAAGAAAGUUGUUCCUGUUGUAGUUCUCCCUCAUAUUAACUCUGUUGUACAGGAUAUGUCCAUUGCUGCAGAUAAACUUGAGCCUAAUAAGAUGAAAAUGAAUAAAUCUGGACUAUUCACAAAAGAGUCAUCACUGAAACAGGAUGUCCUGUUUGCUGAAAUUGACCCUCAGUUGAAAGCAUCCCAGAAGAAACAGAGAAAACUCAAACAGAAGUUUCCAGCUGCACCAAGCUCCCUGAAAAGGAAGAAAAUUAAGGCAUCUGCCAGUAUUGCUGAAGGACUAAACACAGAAUUACCAAAGCCAGUGGUUUUGGAAGAUGCUGAAGUCUGCAAGAUGAAGAGAAAACUAAAAAAGGACAAAGCAGAUGUUGUCUUUAAAGUUGUGAAGAAGGUCUCGAAGCGUACACUUGAAGAUCUCAAUGUGGAGGAGGUACCUCAACCCAGGAAAAAGGCCAAGCAUGGGGACGGUUUAAAAUGGCAUGAGACGCUAAAGGCACAGACACCUGAGCCUCCCGCCAGUGUACAAAGACGAAAGAGGCAAAAGUCUGCCAUCACUGAGAAAAGAAAGAGACCCAAAACGCCAAUCUCAGUGGAGGUGCCUCAAAGCAAAGGCAAAUGGGGUAGGAAGAAAAAGCAGGACCCCAGCAACCAGUUGCUAUCAGUUUCAUUCAAGAAGCAUGGCCCAUCAACCCAGACUUCCUAUCAGGAGAGACCCGAUUCUCCCACUGAUGAAGCCCAUGCUACCAGGAAGGCAGAACGUUCAGUCAGUAAUAAAAAAGAGUGUGUGUGUCAGGCUUGUGAAAAGACAAGUGAGGACCUGGUGACAUGUGAAGGACAAUGCUAUGGUUCAUACCACCUGCAAUGUAUGGGUUUGGACCAACCAUCAGACAAGGUGCUCUGCGCUGCCUGCCGCACAGGAGUGCAUGCAUGUUUCACUUGUAAGAAGUCUGAAGGGGAGGUAAAGCGGUGCAGUGUCCUACACUGUGGUCGUUUCUACCAUGAGGCAUGCUUGCGGUUAAGUGCUUUGACUGUUUUUGAUAACCGAGGAUUCCGCUGCCCCCUACACACUUGCCUCAGCUGUCACUGCAGUGGCCGUGGCACAGCAAAAGCCACCAAAGGGAAGAUGAUUCGCUGUCUGCGCUGCCCAGUAGCGUACCACACUGGAGACCUGUGCAUAGCAGCAGGAAGUGAGAUGCUGACGCCUACUACUAUGUUAUGUACCAACCACUUCAACCCUAAGAAAGGCUACAGGCAUCAUACACAUGUCAAUGUCAGCUGGUGUUUCAUCUGCUCCAAUGGUGGCAGACUCCUGUGCUGUGAAUCAUGUCCAGCUGCCUUUCACCCCGACUGUCUAAAUAUCACCAUGCCUGAUGGCAGCUGGUUCUGUUAUGACUGCCGCUCAGGCAAGAAGCCAAAGUACAGAGACAUCAUCUGGGUCAAACUGGGCAAUUACAGAUGGUGGCCAGCAGAAAUCCGUCACCCCAGGAACAUCCCUACGAAUAUCCAGCACCUACGUCAUGAGAUUGGAGAGUUCCCUGUUUACUUUUUUGGCUCAAAAGAUUACUACUGGACACACCAGGGCCGUGUGUUCCCAUAUAUGGAGGGAGACAGGGCAAGCAGACACCAGAAGACUGGCAUUGGGAAGGUCUUUAAGAAUGCUGUGGUGGAGGCUGAGGCUCGGUUUAACCAGAUCAAAAUGGAGAGAGAAGCUAAAGAAGCUCAGGAGAACAACAGGAAACCCCCUCCAUACAAAUAUAUCAAGGUCAACAAACCAGUUGGGCGUGUGCAGAUUUACACAGCUGACAUCUCCGAGAUCCCCAAGUGCAACUGUAAGCCAACUGACGAGCGGCCAUGCAGCUUUGAAUCGGAGUGUCUGAAUCGCAUGCUGCUGUAUGAGUGUCACCCUCAGGUGUGUCCGGCUGGUGACCGCUGCAUGAACCAGGACUUUACCAAGCGCCUCUACCCUGAGACCAAGAUCAUUCGCACAGCUGGCAAAGGCUGGGGUCUUGUUUCUCUCAGAGACAUCAAGAAGGGGGAGUUUGUGAAUGAGUAUGUGGGGGAGCUAAUCGAUGAGGAAGAGUGCAGAGCCAGGAUCAAAUACGCCCAGGAAAAUGACAUCACCCAUUUCUACAUGCUUACCAUAGACAAGGAUCGGAUCAUUGAUGCAGGUCCUAAAGGGAAUUACUCCCGCUUCAUGAACCACAGCUGCCAGCCCAACUGUGAGACACAGAAGUGGACUGUGAAUGGAGACACACGUGUGGGCCUGUUCGCUGUGUGCGACAUUCCAGCAGGCACAGAGUUGACUUUUAACUAUAAUCUGGACUGUCUUGGGAAUGAGAAGACUGUUUGUCGCUGUGGUGCACCCAACUGCAGUGGCUUCCUAGGAGAUAGACCCAAGAUCACCCCCACUUCAGAGCCCAAAGCCAAGCUACAGAAGAAGAAACCUAGGCGGCGGCGUGCUCGAAGUGAAGGGAAGAAGCAAUCUGAGGAUGAGUGUUUCCGUUGUGGCGAUGGCGGACAGUUGGUUUUGUGUGACCGCAAGGGCUGCACUAAAGCUUACCACCUGUCUUGCCUGGAUCGAACUAAGAGACCAUUCGGUCGAUGGGAUUGCCCCUGGCACCACUGUGACGUGUGUGGCAAACCAUCCGAUGCUUUUUGCCAGCUGUGUCCCAACUCCUUCUGUAAGACCCAUGAGGAGGGCACGCUGAGACCACACCCCAUCAGCAGCCAGCUGUGCUGCCAAGAGCACGAUGACUCAGACCUGCAGUCCACAGCAGCGGUCACCCAGAAGUCUGAUAUCGCCACUAAACCUGCCAAACGCGGCCGCAAACCCGGAGCCGACACUGCAGCCAAGAAGCGCUCCAGGAAACAGUGUAACAGGCAGCAGAAGGGUCGAGCUGGUGAAAGUGUUCCUCCUCUCUCGCCCCUUCCCUCCAUGCCCUACCCAUGAUUCAGUGGUAUUGAUAUGAACAUGACUGUUCUCCCAAACUGAAAGCACUGUGUCUGAUCAGGGAAGUAUCUGAACACUGUAGAGCUCAAUGAAGCUGCCACAUCAGGUUCCACCCCCUCACUCAACCUCUCGCUUGGAACCGAGUGCGGGAGCCACCACACCAAACAGCCUCAUUACUACACAGCAUUAUGGAGGCCAAACUUGAAUUUUUUUACACCUGUUUUAAUCUUUCAGAUAGAUUAUUUUUGUUUUAUUUUUUAACAGUAGAUAUGUAUAUGGAAAUGUAUAUGAAAGACCAAAAUUAUUAUAAUACUGGAAUUACUGAUAGUAACAGAUUGCCAAUGUGUAGUCUUUUUUUUUUCUUUUCUUUUUUUUUUUUUUUCUUUUUUUUUUUAAAAAAAAAACCAGCCAGUUGUACCGUUAAAUGUAAGACACUAUGGAUAGCCCUUGAAUUGUUUUUAUAGUUAAUAUAGAGUGCAUUUAACUAUAGAGCAGCACAUUUUUAGCACAUUUUUGUUAGCUCAUUUUUUUGAGUUUAUGUAACAUGCUAGAAUGUUAAAUGAGUCUCUGCAAAAUCUACCUAUUCAGAGUUUAAAAAAGGCACAGUAAAUUGAGUCAGGGCGCUUUUUGUGAGGUUUGGGUGAAAUAAAACUUUUAAAAA